CUCUAGUUAAAACGCGUUGGAGUUAUCCUUUUACUUACAGCGUUUUGAUAUUCAUUAGCAGAGUGUUUCGAAGAUGACCGUUGAAGCCAAUGAAAGGAAGGAGCUUAAACAGUAUUUCGGAAAAAUUGAUACCCAAAGCGAUGAUAUACUCAAGAAACUCGUAUCUUUGAAACAAAUUUUCAAUUUAGAUUCUCAAGAUCUUUUCAUCAAAUGGGAACAACAUGUGAAUAGAAUUGGGGAAGAUUUAGAUAUCUCCCUUUCAAAUCUCGAUGGGCUCCAACAGUACCUACAAUCCAGCAUCGUGGUACCAUCGAAACUGACUCCAUCAAUGAAAAAAGAUGGACAGGGUAUGAUCAGGAAAAGACAAAUCAUGAAAUCAUCAACUGGUUUCUCCUCAAGCCCAGUAAAUGCUGCCCCUUCCACUCCUAAUAUUAAAAAACGUAAAGUUGAUGGUAUUGAGUCGUCUCCAGUUCAAUACGAGACCGCCAAUAACACAUUUGCUUCAUCCAGUCCCCGGAAACCAACUGAGGAUAAUACCCCCUUUUUAAACAAGUUAACAAACCAACAGGAUUCCAAUACGGUCAUAGAAACAUUGAACGCUCAUAUCCAAGAAACUCCCGGGUUUACAGAUUUAGAAGGGGAAAGACCAUUCAAAUUAGGAACUAAUUUUGAUCCUCAAAAGUUUAAAUUCAGAACCAUGUCGAUGAAACUCUUGGAAAGUGCUGACGUUUUAGAUGAGCAAAUUGAUUUAAUGGCUCAAACCUAUAUGGAAAAUCUGAAAAGUGACAAAAUUGAAUUUGGAAAUCCCUGUUUAAGUUCACAAUUCGAUAUAGUUUGCAGUGGUCGAAUCGUUCCUGAUACUCCUUUAUACGAUACAUCGAGUAACGCUACAUUGAAUGCGACAUCCUUAUUUUUGGAAACAUCAAGGCUUGGUGGUAUUGGUCAAAGAAUCCCCUUAGACUUAUCACAAUUGAAAGAGUAUGGUUUAUUUCCAGGUCAAAUAGUGAUAUUAAAAGGAAGAAAUCCAACCGGGAGAGCUUUCAUAGUUCAAGAAGUAUUAGAAUUGCCAGCUUUAGGUAAUCCUUUGACAAGUAAAGACGAAUUAGAAGAAUUUCAUAAUCUCCUUGAAACUGAUGCAAGCUUGAAAAUUUUAGUAGCUUCAGGUCCAUAUAGUAAUCAGAACACCUUGAAUUAUCAAAAGCUUUCCGAUUUAGUUGAUAAGAUCAACAGUGACAUAAAGCCUCACGUAGUUUUACUCUAUGGUCCUUUCGUUGAUCUUUCAAACAAUAGUGUUACUUCCGGUGAUAUUGAAAUUCCAAAUGAAAAAUAUCAGCCAAAAACAUUGGAUGAUGUUUUUAGACUACUUAUUACUCCAAUAUUAAAAAAAAUACACCCGAAGAUUCAGGUUAUUUUAGUUCCAUCAUUAAGAGAUUCAUGCAUAAAACAUAUUUCAUAUCCUCAAGAUUCCUUUGAUAGAAAAAAGUUUGGCUUACCCAAGAACGUUAAAGUCUUCCCUAACCCUUCAAGUUUUUCUGUCAAUGAAGUCUUAAUUGGUGGCUCAAAUAUGGAUAUCUUUAAAGAUUUGAGAGAUGUUUAUAAACCAGCACCAACUGAAGGUAAAGUUCCUUCAAAUAGAUUUGAUAGAAUCAUCAACUACAUAUUUGAACAAAGAAGAUACUAUCCAAACUUUCCUGGUUCCAUUAAGAAGAAAUUAGACCCCAAAUCAGACAUUCAGCUUUUAAACGGGUCGAUGGCCGAGCAAGUAUCAGAAACAGCAAUAGGUGGUUCUAGUUUGGAAGUUCCUUAUAUGGGUUUGGCAGAGCUCGGAGAAACAUUGCCAGAUAUUUUAAUAACCCCUUCGGAAAUGAAACAUUUUGCUAAAGCUAUUAAGGGUGUAGUGGUGGUCAAUCCUGGGCAAUUCAUACGACCUAACAAAGAUACCACGAAGGAAUCAGGUACUUAUGCUAUCAUCAACAUAAAGGCUCCAGAACUAGACGGCAAUGAAGAAGACAAUGUAAAAGAAGUCCAGGAUGGGCUUUAUUACCAUAACGUUAGUAAAAGAAGUAGGGUAGAUAUCUAUAAAUCUUAAUAUAUUAUUUUAAUCGUU